AUGGAUCCAGUAGAGAUAACUGAACCAUAUAGUGUUGACUCAGGCACUCUGGAGGAGCUGAACCACAAUGGUUCUUUGGCCAAACUCAUGUUACUCUAUCAGACUGGCAACAGGACAUCUUUCAACUGGACAGACAGCCGGAUUGUUGAGUGGGAGAAGUUUGCUGAACUGGCUAAGUAUGAACCAGAGUCACAAAAGCCCACAAUGAAGGCUAUCCUCAUUGCGGCCUACACAGUCAUCAUCGUCAUCUCUCUCUUUGGGAAUCUGUUGGUCUGCCACGUGGUGAUCAAGAACAAGAGGAUGCGCUCAGCCACCAGCCUCUUCAUUGUUAAUUUGGCCAUCUCAGACCUCAUGAUCACCCUGCUCAACACACCCUUCACAUUGGUUCGAUUUGUGAGCAGCACAUGGGUCUUCGGGAAAACCAUGUGUCACAUCAGCCGCUUUGUGCAGUAUUGCUCCCUCCAUGUAUCCACACUGACCUUGACAGCUAUAGCUCUGGACCGACAUCAGGUCAUCCUGAACCCACUUAAGCCAAGGCUGUCCCUGACUAAAGGAGCACUGAGCGUCUCCGUCAUCUGGGGACUGGCCGCCUGCUUCUCGCUACCCCAUGCCAUCUACCAAAAGCUUCUGCAGUAUAAUUACAGCUAG